AAUCUGAUAUAAUCAUGGCUACAGACGAUGAGAGACUGGAACAAGACAUAAAAGAUGCGCUAAAGAGGGGCAAUGAAACUGAAUUGCAAAAACUUCUCCAUAACUUAUCAAAUCAACGUCAGUGUCCAGAGGACAUCAUAGUAUGGGCGUUUGGGAACAAUAUCCAAGUGAGCAAAGAGACCAUCCAGAUAUUAGUGGAAUAUGGAAUGGAUGUUAACGCCAGAUACGACAGCAAAGAGUUUUUCUCAGAUGAUGAGAGAAAGACUGCAUUAAUAUUUGCUGUAGAGAGGAAUAGUGUGAAAUGUUGUCGUGCUCUGAUAGACCAUGGUGCUGACGUUAAUGCCAGUGACAGAUAUGGGAAGACUGCAUUUAUGUAUGCUGUAGAGAGGAAUAAUGUGGAAUGUUGGCGUGCUCUGAUAGACCAUGGUGCUGACGUUAAUGCCAGUGACAGAUAUGGGAAGACUGCAUUUAUGUAUGCUGUAGAGAGGAAUAAUGUGGAAUGUUGGCGUGCUCUGAUAGACCAUGGUGCUGACGUUAAUGCCAGUGACAGAUAUGGGAAGACUGCAUUUAUGUAUGCUGUAGAGAGGAAUAAUGUGGAAUGUUGUCGUGCUCUGAUAGACCAUGGUUCUGACGUUAAUGUCAUUGACGGAAAUGGGAAGACUGCAUUGUUGUAUGCUGUAGAGGAGAAUAAUGUGGAAUGUUGUCGUGCUCUGAUCGACCAUGGUGCUGACGUUAAUGCCAGUGGCAGAUAUGGGAUGACUGCAUUGAUAUAUGCUGUAGAGAGGAAUAAUGUGGAAUGUUGUCGUGCUCUGAUAGACCAUGGUGCUGACGUUAAUGCCAGUGGCAGAUAUGGGAUGACUGCAUUGAUAUAUGCUGUAGAGAGGAAUAAUGUGGAAUGUUGUCGUGCUCUGAUAGACCAUGGUGCUGACGUUAAUGUCAUUGACGGAAAUGGGAAGACUGCAUUGUUGUAUGCUGUAGAGGAGAAUAAUGUGGAAUGUUGUCGUGCUCUGAUCGACCAUGGUGCUGACGUUAAUGUCAUUGACAGAUAUGGGAAGACUGCAUUGAUAUAUGCUGUAGAGAGGAAUAAUGUGGAAUGUUGUCGUGCUCUGAUAGACCAUGGUGCUGACGUUAAUGUCAUUGACGGAAAAGGGAAGGCUGCAUUGUUGUAUGCUGUAGAGAAGAAUAAUGUGGAAUGUUGUCGUGCUCUGAUAGACCAUGGUGCUGACGUUAAUGCCAGUGGCAGAUAUGGGAUGACUGCAUUGAUAUAUGCUGUAGAGAGGAAUAAUGUGGAAUGUUGUCGUGCUCUGAUAGACCAUGGUGCUGACGUUAAUGUCAUUGACAGAUAUGGGAAGACUGCAUUGAUAUAUGCUGUAGAGAGGAAUAAUGUGGAAUGUUGUCGUGCUCUGAUAGACCAUGGUGCUGACGUUAAUGCCAGUGGCAGAUAUGGGAUGACUGCAUUGAUAUAUGCUGUAGAGAGGAAUAAUGUGGAAUGUUGUCGUGCUCUGAUAGACCAUGGUGCUGACGUUAAUGUCAUUGACGGAAAUGGGAAGACUGCAUUGUUGUAUGCUGUAGAGGAGAAUAAUGUGGAAUGUUGUCGUGC